CCGACAAACCCAUUUCGUACCGCUUCGUUAAAAGCACUUGUGCACCUGAGAGAGUGAUCCCUUUCUACCCUUCGAGACAGUCUCACUCCACUUCCUGUUUUGACGUGUCCAUUUAUGGCAACGGAGAAGUCGCAAGUCUACCACGAAAGGCAGAGGCUUCAGUUUUGUCUAUUGCACUCUCUCAACUCCCUCUUUCAGCAAAAGGAUGCUUUUAGUAGAGCAAGCUUGAAUGCAAUUUCUGAAAGGCUUGCACUUGAUGAUGGUUCCAAUAGUGGAACAACAACAUGGACACCACUUUCUGUGCUUUUCAAGCCCCAUCACAAUUCACUUACUGGAAACUAUGACAUAAAUGUUCUGAUUGCUGCAUUGGAAGAGAAAGGAAAGAGUGUCGUGUGGCAUGACCGUCGAAACACCGCAUCCUCCAUUGAUCUUGACGUACCUGAAGAUAUCUUGAUGGGGAUUGUGAUCAAUGUCUCAGUGAGAAGGUUUGCAGGGAUUUGGAAAAGUAGGCACUGGAUUGCUUUGAGGAAGAUUGAUGGGGUAUGGUACAACUUGGACAGUGACCUUGCUGCCCCUCAACCUUUUCGAGACGCACAAGAAGUAAGGGAGUUCUUGGAUUUUACCAUUGGUCAUGGUGGGGAGGUUUUGCUUGUCAUGAAUGGAAAACAGUCUUGACACUUUUUAGAAUUUUUCUUUUUUUUCUUAAUUUUUUAAAAAUGUGUUCUUGUUAGUUGAGUUGAAUUUUUGUGUAUAUCCAUGUAUAGUACAAGAUUUAUGCAAUUUUGAGAGAAUGGAGCUUAUACUUGGACCUGUGAUGUCUCCUUGUGUCUUUGUUUUGUGUAUAACAGUAGAAAACUGAUUUUGAAGGAUGUUAAUAAUGUGAAAUAGUGUGCUCUGUAUGUGGUUCACUUAUGAAAUCCAUGCUUCAUUUGGAUCUGUAAAGCAUCCUUUGAACUGUUAGGGUUGGCUACUGCAUGCCCUGAAUUUUGAUUCUUGAUUGACUUAUGGAAUAUAAGGUAUUGACUGAUUAAUUAUGUUUUGUUAUAUAUAAAAUGUAUUUUCGUUAUGACUUUGAAUCUUACAAUACAAUUC